UUUUUCCGGUACUGUCUUCUUUAUCUUUUUGCUUUGUUGGAUUAUACCUUCCCCUUUGGCUGUUCCUCGUCCUUUAAUCCUUUUCCACUCUGUUUUUUCCUCCUUUACUUAACUUCCUGUAAAUAUCCAACACAAUCCCAAUGCCCUGGAUACACAGAGAGAGAAGGAUUACCAUUUUCCAAACAAGCGCACCUGUACCUUUUGGAUUCCAAAUCUCUCUUUAAAUCAUUCGCAUUUUGAUUCUUCGUUUCGAUUUCUCUUUGGAAAAGUUUGGUGAGAGCCGAGCAAUGGCGGAUCAUCGUCGGAGCCGAUCCGCUACUUCCAGCAGUGACAUUUCUAUAUCUCUAGACGCUGAAAGUUUUUCCGCUGAUGCAAAUGCCAGAGGAAUUAAUGACAUAAAAUUAUCCGGAGAGAGCACGGCAGGGGAGGGAUCUGCGACAGGAGAAGUUGAUUCGCGUUCGAGUUCAGGUUCGAGUUCGACGAAUUCGAAUUUGAAUCACAAUCAGCUAGACAAGCCUCAUCCGGCCAAAUUGACACAGACUCGCUCUUUGGCUGCCUUAGCAACUAAACUUUUUGAUGACAAAAUUCCAUUCAAGAAGAAGUUGAAAUGGGUAAGAAGAGUGGCUACUGUCACCGAUAAUGGUACCGUACUGCUCGACGUUCCGGGAGAUAUUAAACCACAUAGUCUUGAUUUUGGAACUGGAGUGGUUUAUAAUGGUACUGCAGAUGAUGAACAUGAGGCACCAGAGGUGGAAGACAAAUUUCUGCCUCCGUUGCAAAUUGUUAUGCUUAUUGUUGGAACAAGAGGAGAUGUUCAACCCUUUAUUGCUAUUGGAAAACGGUUGCAGGAUGAUGGGCACAGGGUUAGGCUGGCAACUCAUGCAAAUUUUGAAGAUUUUGUUCUUAGUGCUGGACUGGAAUUCUAUCCUUUAGGUGGAGAUCCAAAAAUUCUUGCUGGUUAUAUGGUCAAGAACAAAGGAUUUUUGCCGUCCGGGCCCUCAGAAAUACCAAUUCAGCGAAAUCAAAUGAAGGAAAUCAUAUUCUCUUUGCUUCCUGCAUGCAAGGAAGAUGAUCCUAAAACCAAAAUUCCAUUUAAAGCAGAUGCAAUAAUUGCCAAUCCCCCAGCAUAUGGACAUACACAUGUUGCUGAGGCGCUAAAAGUACCAAUUCAUAUAUUUUUCACGAUGCCAUGGACACCUACUAGUGAAUUUCCACAUCCUCUAUCACGUGUUAAGCAACAAAUUGGAUAUAGACUAUCAUAUCAAAUAGUCGAUGCAUUGAUUUGGCUAGGAAUACGAGACAUGAUAAAUGAAUUUAGGAAGAAAACGCUGAAGCUGAGACCUAUCACGUAUUUGAGUGGAACUUAUAGUUCUCCCAAUGAUGUGCCAUAUGGGUAUAUAUGGAGUCCUCAUCUUGUUCCCAAACCCAAAGAUUGGGGGCCUAAUAUUGAUGUAGUUGGAUUUUGCUUUCUUGAUCUUGCUUCAAGCUAUGAACCGCCAGAUUCACUCGUGAAGUGGCUUGAAGCUGGGGAGAAGCCCAUAUACAUUGGAUUUGGUAGUCUUCCUGUUGAAGAGCCAGAGAAAAUGACCAAGAUUAUAGUUCAAGCUCUGGAAAUAACCGAACAAAGAGGCAUCAUUAACAAAGGUUGGGGUGGCCUUGGGAAUUUGGAAGAACCAAAAGAAUCUGUGUACUUAUUGGACAAUUGCCCUCAUGAUUGGUUAUUCCCUCGUUGUUCUUCGGUGGUACAUCAUGGCGGUGCAGGAACAACUGCAGCUGGUCUAAAAGCUGCGUGUCCAACAACAAUCGUACCAUUCUUUGGUGACCAGCCAUUCUGGGGAGAGAGAGUACAUGCUAGAGGAGUUGGUCCUGCACCCAUCCCAGUUGAGGAAUUCACGCUUGAUAAGCUGGUUGAUGCCAUACGUUUCAUGCUGGAUCCCAAGGUGAAAGAGCAGGCUGUUGAAAUUGCCAAGGCCAUGGAAAAUGAGGAUGGUGUGGCAGGGGCCGUCAAAGCUUUCUACAAGCAAUACCUCAUCGGAAAAAGUAAAAGUGAAGCCCAGGCAAUGUUGCACCAUCGGAAGAGAUUUUCAGUUAGGCAAUGUUUUGGUUUGUCAUGCUCUUGAGAUAUUAUUAACACACACCAAUGGUCUUGCUUUCAACUUCCGAUCACCAAUGUAAAUUUUGCUUAUUACCACAAAAGCUGCCUGUGGGGAACCGGAGUUUCUGUCAAGCUUUUUUGUUGUAACUUGUAAUUGCUAUUUUGCUGCAGAAGUAUUCUUUUGCAUUUUCUGGUCAAAAUUAUACGUUUCAUGUUAAUCGGGAAAGUUUUUCA